CUACACUCUCACAGGAUCCUCUUCUGCUUCCCAGUAACGACCAGUCUGAGGUAAAAAGUUAUCUUUCAAGCACUGACGGUUGGUAGAGAAGACAGUCAUGUUACCAUUGCUAUAAGCAGGUUAGUGAUAUUGAUAAGAGACGCUGUUCCUUGUGACCGUCCUUGCUUCAGAGAUACAAUGAAUAAGACACUGUUUUCAGAGAUAGACAUCGCUGCUCUACAAUCCCUUAAUGCAAGCCGUGCAUUUUUUGCCAGUUUCCAAAAUAAAUGUCGUCAUUUCCUUGACAUAACCCCUUUCAUGGGGAUAUCCUAUAGCUUGGUGGCUGUGAUGGGAUUGCUUGGAAAUCUCUCUCUUAUUUAUGUUAUUUGCAGGCAGAAGCAGAAAGGAAAUGUUACCUAUGUCCUCAUUGCCAACCUAGCUUUCUCUGACCUGCUGGUGUGCAUCUUUUCUUUACCGUUCACUAUUGUUUACACAGUGAUGGAUUACUGGAUUUUUGGGUUGGGUUUGUGCAAAAUCAUCAACUUUGUCAUGUGUGCAUCUUUCACAGUUUCCCCCCUAAUCUUAGUGUUGAUAGCAUUUGAAAGAUACCAACUUAUUUUGCACCCUACAGGCUGGAAACCAAGUGUUCCUCAAGCCUAUAUAGCUGUGCUGAUUGUCUGGUGCCUGGCUUCACUCGUUGCCCUGCCACUGGUCUUCUCUAUGGUUCUGACGGGUAUUUCCCACACAAACAUCUCUAAGGUCUUUGACUUUCUAGCAGACAAACAAUUAUGCAAAGAGUCUUGGGCAUCGGAACAGCAGAGAAUGGCUUACACCAUCACACUACUGCUCUUGCAAUACAUCAUACCACUUUGUAUUAUCCUGGGCUGCUACUUCCAUAUCUCUUUGCACUUGCAACGUAGAGGAGCUCUGUUUCGGAGGAGAGACACUCACAUGAGAAGGGUCAAUCUGAUGUUGGCUUCUAUGGUUGGAGCAUUUGCAAUAUGUUGGCUUCCUCUCAACAUUUUCAACAGCAUCACAGAGUUAGAUCUUCUGCCAAUCUCUGUAUGUUACCAUGACCUAAUAUUUUCUCUGUGCCACCUACUUGCUAUGAUUUCCAUAUGCAUAAAUCCUGUAAUAUAUGGACUGCUCAACAACAAUGUCAAGAGUGAGUUUAAGUUGCUUGUCCAGAGCUGUACAGGGAGAAAAAAGAAGUUUUCACAGGUACUAGAAAAUCUAGAGUCUCACCCAUUAUCCAUCACGGCAGGAUCCCCGAGAACAUAUUACAAGGAGGAAGGAUGCUAAUAUAUUCCAAUUUAGUAAAACAUAUGACAACUAAUGGAAGAGAUUGUUGGACAGAGCUGAGUAAAGUGAACUUCCUUGUUAUUCUUCCAGCAUAGGUCAUGAAAUCAGGGGAAGUCCAGAGCAGAGGGUCCAUGAAUGGUCAAGCAUCUAUCUAGUAUUUACUUUUGGGAGCUGGUAAACGACUUAGACCACUAGGUGCAGAGGAACCAAAGGUGACCUUGUCACAUACCUGGAUGGGGGGGUGAGCAAGUACCAAACUACCUACUGCUACCUCUGAGAGACUUUUUGAAAUCAGGAACAUUUCUUCAAGUUAAACUCUAAUGUAAACAUCUUGUAAAAGAAAAGAAACAAAAACAUUGCAAAUGUUACUGUUAAUGCAAUGCAAUUUUGGUGCAGAAUCUAAACUGAUAUUUCUAAAUGACUAUUUAAGGUUAUAAAGCUUUGCAGAUGUUGCUUUUACAGUUUCUAACAACUCUCUCUAUGGUUAGAACUCACAUGUAUCACCUAAAUUACCGUUGUUAGGUUUUGUGUCUACAGAUUAGAUUUAUAUCAUUGUUUUGCUAUUUAGUCCACUGGCUGCCACAGAUAACUGCAAUGCAUAGAUGAGUAGUUCCUAUAUACAGUUAAAUGUUCUUUUUAAUUGUAAACAUAUUACAUUUAUCUAAUAUAUCUAUGUAUGUAAUACAGCUCUUAAAUUACAGAUCAAAGUACUGAGCAUAUUUAGGCCUGUUGUGGAAGAGAAAUGGUUCCUUUGUUUAUUUACAAUAAUCUGUCUUAACAAUGGUUCAUUUGGGAUCUAAAAAUAUAAAAUUUGUAAAGAACUCUUUAAGAACGGCGCAUAUAUUACAUGCACAUCUUCCUAUACCAUUAAAGGGACACUCAAGUGAAAAUUAAACUUUCUUGAUUCAGAUAGAGCAUGCAGUUUUAGGAGACUUUCAAAUUUAAUUCCAUUAUCAAAUUGUGCACAGUUUUUUUUGUCUAAACACUUUCUGAGGCACCAGCUACUACUGAGCAUGUGCAAGAGUUCAUGAUGUAUAUGUAUAUAAGUGUGAUUGGCUGAUCGCCGUCACAUGAUGCAGGGGGAACGGCAAAUAGAAGUCAUUUUUAACAUUUGUCAGAAAACAAAUCUGAUGCUCAUUUAAAAUUGCAUUAACUUUUUAUUAUGCAUGUGUUUAUUAUGCAAUUAUACUCUAUUUUAUGGCCCUUUAACAAGAGUAUGAUAAUAGAACAAAAUACCCUAUAGAGCAGUAAAAGUAGAAACAUAAAUUAAACAAUCCAAUAUUAACCCAAGUUGUACAAACACUGCACAAUAAACUAUUUUAUACA